CGUGUCCGCGGAGCUGUGUGGACUUUCGUGAAAACCAGUGCCCUGAGCAACCAAUCAGGAAGCUGCUCUCAUUUUCUAAAAGCCUGUUGAUCACUAUGAUAUUCCCUCGGUUUGUGGCGCAGCGUCUCCCUCCCCCGUCUGGGCGCAGGCACUUCUGGGGGUGGCUGAACGCCGUAUUCAACAGGGUUGAUUACGAGCGCAUUAAGGAAGUUGGCCCUGACCGCGCGGCAUCAGAAUGGCUUCUGCGCUGCGGCGCUAAAGUACGUUACAAGGGAUUCGAGAAGUGGCAGCACGAUUACAACGGACUCCCCACCGGGCCCCUGGGAAGAUACAAGAUUCAGGGCAUCGACGCCACAGAGUCCUGCAUCAUGUACCGAGGAUUCGACUACCUGGACGGUCUGGAGCAUCUUGAGGAGAUCAAGCUGUGUAAGUGCAUGUACAUCGAGGACGCCUGUCUGGAGAGAAUAAGCAAGAUAAAGAACCUACAGGAGAGCCUGCAAAGACUGGAGAUCAUCACCUGCGGCAACGUGAGCGACAAAGGAGUCAUAUCGCUGCACUCCUUGAGGAAUCUGCAGUACUUAUUUUUGAGUGAUCUGCCAGCGAUCAAGCAAAGGGAAGCGACGAUGCAGCUGCUGCAGAAUUCCAACCCUUCGCUGCAAGUCGAACUAGAUCUGGAUUAAGCGUUUUCUGGACUUUUUUUUUUUUUUUUUCUUGCAUUUCCAAGAAUUCACGGAGAGCGCCAUUUUUUAGUAUAGAGGUAUUUGCAAAAGCUUGCAGGUAGAGGGAGCAGCACUGCUUUGGCGGCGAGCACAUGGAUUUCUGCAAACUUCAUUUAUAUGACUGGAGCGGUCGAAGAAUUUUCUGCAACAGUGUCUGCUGCGUGUGCAUGAAACCUAACGCUCCUUAUUAUCCGGGAGGGUGUCAUCGAGGGAUGAGCGAAUCCACUUCGGACGACGCAGCCAAAGCCGAUUUGCAUAAAACUUUUUGUUCUGAUACUGCACGGAGCUCCUGCCACUUGGAACUGAAAUGUUUUUUUUUUUUUUUUACAGUAGAAAUUAAUUUAUGAAGUUAUUACGCAAAGUCUCUCAAGAUUUCGCGUAGCAAUAACCUCGGCUCAUCGGAGCCAAUACAUUCUAAUACUGUAUGGAGCUCCUGCUCCGUACAGUAUUAGAACAAUGUUUCAUCCGAAGUUGAUUCGCUCAUCCCUACUGUCAACAUUAAUUACAGUCGAUAUGUCAUAGUUGCUUAACAGGUGCAGGUCACACCUCUGGGAUCCACAUCUCUCUUGUGGGGCCCUUUCUUGCAGGAGGUGGUCGCACAUGCGCUGCUUCCUCCACUUCUAUGGGAGUAAUGAAAAUGGCCGAGUAAGCAUUUCGGAGCUCCAGUAGAAGAGAGGUGGGUCCCGCACGUAUCGGACACGUAUGGCAUAUCCUGGGAGUAACGCGGCCACUAGACAGUGUAUGGACCGAGGUUGCACGCUGUGCCGACAGGACACUAUAUUCAGACAAGUUUUAAAUGCAAUGUUUGUCAUGAUUCGCGCAUUAAACAUGAGUUCUCAUAAAACACUUCUGCUCCUUCAGAGUCGUUCUCCGCGUGGCGAGGCUCCUGAACACCUUGUGAGGAUUUAGCAAAGUCCAGCGGUUUUGACGCCAGUCUUUCAAAUCUCCUGCGCUGUCGGAGGGUGUGACUAAUUCAUGACAGGGCUCGGAGUUGCCGUAGAUUUGUCUUUAUUUGCACCUGAAAAUGGCACAAAUGAAGAUAAAUGUGGCGGACCCACUGUCCCCACCAUGCCCCCUUUUUAGAGAGUGGUGAGGGUGGCACAGAUACAGCACUUGCGCAUUAAUUUGUUGCAAGUGGCGUUUACAAAAAUGUCACCAAAAGAGAGGUGCAAAGAGAUGCUAGAACUUUGUUCUUGUGAUCGUUGGGGUCCCAGAGUUACCAGUGAUACCACUACGCUAUAGACCUUUGGUUCCCUCUCCAAAGACGGGGACCGGAGGUGCAGUGAAGACAGGCUGGGAAACGGAAAUGAGCGGCAGGGAGCAGGCAAGUAUGGAUUUCUUCACGGGUCCCACUGGCUGGAGGAUUAAAAACACAUCCUGGACAACCCCUUUAAGCUUAUAUUAUUUGACUGCAAAGAUGUCCCCAUUCAGGAGAGCGGGACUAUAGCCAGAGCCGUCUGAGAGCUCGUGUGAUGAUUUUACACUGAAUGGACUAAGCAGCCUGCAAUGUAUGAGACGUUCACAGCUGCAGGAGACACUUUUUAAUAAAAUAUACAUGCAUUUCAGUAAAGUAAAGGCCACUGAUAAGCAACA